AAGUCGGGUAUCAGUUGCACUCCGUUUUCAAGAUGAUUACUUCUGCUUCUGCUAUAACGUUGUGUGUCCUGAUCAAUCAGGGUUUCGAAGAGCAUACAAUUGAGAAGCUAUGGGUUUGUGCGUCCGUUUGCAUUUGUGCUUACUGUCUCAUCGAGCUCAUCCGGACAGCCAAGCCAUCGGGUAUGAUUCUGUUUAUGUUUCUGUUGUCUUCUGCCAUCGAUAAGACCGAAGGGCAUCAAUAUUGGAGGAUUGUGUUUAGUGUUCUGUUGGUUGCAACGCUUCUCUCGGUGUCAUUCGGACAGGCCAACCUAAGGAGGGAGGCCGAAGCUGUAAACCCAAAGCCAGUUGCGGAAGAAGAAAUAACCUAUAUUUCUGUUGGUUCUAGUGGUACUAUUAGUGAUUAACCUUUUCUUUUUGACCUCGUGAAUAGUUGUAAUUAGUUUAGUUAAUUCAGAGGUUUUCCCAUCUGCUUGUGGAUACCGCAUAUGGCUUCUGUUCAUAGUAAUCAGCUUUUAUGAAAGAAGGCAUGAUUGUUGAUGUUUUUGAUCCAUUAAUUGGCCGAAGUUUUGUUGCUAAACCUGGCACAAGGGGCUAAACAUAUCUUGGAUAUCCAUAUCUGAGUGAAAUGGACGAAAAACCAUGCCAAGGCUAUCAGCUGUUCUCUCAAAUUGAUCAGCACAAGGUUCAGUACAGGAUUUCAUCCUGUAAAGCUAGCAAAGCCAUCCUCCGAAACGAAGUUCCUUGUUUCAGGGUGAGAAUUUAGAAGAAGAAAUCUUAAUGCCAUUUCACGGAAGACGAAUUCUAUCUGUAGAUACAGAUAUGAAAAGCAAUGGAUUCCUGACAUUUCAAAGAAUGAAAUUUUCCAUUUUAU